AUGGGGGAAUUUAAACGACAUUUUGAUAGCUUUCGAACACUUUGGCAAUCUCUAUCUACAAUUCAGUCCACUUUUUGUGAUUCAGAUAUUUCAGCAUAUGUUAUAGACAACAAGAACCUUCUAAGGCCGAGUCUGAACUCCAAAAUUGGUCUUCACAUUCUGGACCUCAUUGACUGUGGUUCGUUUGAACUAGACCUAACCCUGUACAACACAUUGUUAAAGAGGUGCACCCAGUUGGGGAAGCUCAAAGAAGGAAAACUAGUGCACUUCCACAUGUUCAAUUCCAAAUUCAAAGAUGACCUUGUUAUUCAGAACUUUGUUCUAUUCAUGUACGCUAGGUGUGGAAAUUUGAAAGACACACAACACGUGUUCAACGAAAAGCUGCAAAAGGACAUGGUUACUUGGACCUCCAUGAUCAGUGGCUAUGCUCAAAAUGAAAGGGCCAAGGACACGCUCGUGUUGUUUCCUCGAAUACUUAGUGAGGGCACAAAGCCGAACUAGUUCAUAUUGUCAAGCUUGGUGAAGUGUUGUGGGUAUAUAUUAGAGAUAUAGAUUACUAGUGUUACCAGCAUUAGUUAGUUACUCUUGUAACCAAUUAUGUAACAACUUACUAGU